AGAGAUAAAAGGAGGCACAGUUUUUGAUUGUCUGUAUUAGCACGGAAGAAGCUAUACCGAGUGGAGUUUUGUGACAACCAAUAACAACGGUAACAGAGUCCGUGUGGCGGUCGGUCUGAAUCGUCGGAGUAUGAUAACAAUCCCUGAUGAAGUGAAAGAUCACAAACGGUGUUCAGUGCGCACCAUCAACCAGCAUGAUUUCGUACAGGGUUUGGUUGGUAUGAAGGACCCAGUGAAGCGAACGUGCGGGGUGAAGCCUCUUGGUGAAAGAGAGACAUACGGAGAUACGAAACGGGCACUGGACAGUGGGAAUGACGUCGUACAGGCUGAUGAAAGUUGGUCCGUUCCUGAACGUUCUGUUCCAAAAGACCAAGUGGAGAGAGCGAUCGGAAACCUGUUGGCCGAUUUCUGCUCGGACUCGGAGGUCUACAUGCUGAAACGAGACACACCAUCCUCUAACCAACUAGUGCGGAAGUAUAAACGUUGUACGCGGAAUUGCCUUGUCUGUGCGGUUCAGGGAAAACCCUACGACAUCAGCCAGCAGUGAAUCGGUAUGGUGGAGUGCAGGAAAGAAAUAGAAACAAAAUUAAGCGCCAUGCCGUCAUAAAAUUUAAGAAAAUACGCAAUAAAGAGUUUUGAAGAGCACUCA